AUGGCUGCAUUGAUCAGCGCGUACUCGUCUUGGCCGGAGAGCUUUGAGUGCUCGGCGGGAGAUGGGGACGUGCCCGACGGACAUGGCUCACACAGAACUCCCGUGGACAAGACGUCGGAGCCGCGCAUCAGACGGCCCAUGAACGCGUUCAUGGUCUGGGCCAAAGAUGAGAGGAAGCGCCUGGCUGUCCAAAACCCAGACCUGCACAACGCAGAGCUUAGUAAGAUGCUGGGCAAGUCGUGGAAGGCCCUGACCCCCUCUCAGAAGCGUCCGUAUGUGGAGGAAGCCGAGAGGCUGCGCGUGCAGCACAUGCAGGACUACCCCAACUAUAAGUACCGGCCUCGCCGGAAGAAGCAGCUAAAACGCAUCUGUAAACGCGUGGACCCCGGCUUCCUGCUGGGCAGCCUGGUGGGCCCCGACCAAAACGCCCUGUCCGACCCCCGGGGCCUCUGUCACCCCUUGGGUUUGGAUAAGGACGAGGAUGGGGUUAGUGGUGGUGAUGGAGGUGUUGGGUUCUCGACCCUCUCUUCCCCCAGCCCAGGGCCUCUACCUGGGGUUAGAUCCUUCAGAGAUGUACCGUCCAGCUCCAGCUCCAACAGCUUCGACACCUAUCCCUACGGCCUCCCCACCCCGCCUGAGAUGUCCCCUCUGGAUCAUGCUCUGGACCACGACCACCCUUCCUACUAUCCUUCCUCCUCUUCCUCCUCCUCGUCCGUCUCCUCCCCCGAGGAGCGCCACCAGCACCGUCAGGGUCAGACCCCCGGAGGUGGAGGUGGGGGUCCCAUGUGCCUCAGUCCUUCAUCCUACCACCCUGACUACACCCCCACUCAGACUUCCAUUCACUGUGGUGGCUCCCACUCCCACCUGACCCACCUCUCCCACUUGUCCCAGGCCCAGUCCGGAGGCCUCAUCCCUGGGCAUCCUCUGUCCUACUACAACCCAUCCUCCUGGUCCUCCCAGCUCCAGGUCCACCCGGGCCUCAAUCACCCUCACUUAAGGCACCUGUCCCCAGGUCACCACCACCAGCACCACUUGGGUCAGCUCUCCCCUCCUCCCGAGCAGAACCACAGUCAUCUGGAGACUUUGGACCAGCUGAGUCAGGUAGAGCUUCUAGGGGAGGUCGACCGUGAUGAGUUCGACCAGUACCUGAACUCGACGGCGGCAGGCGCGGCAGCAGCAGGGGUGGGGGUGUUCCAUUCCGAACAGGGAGGAGGAGGAGGGAUGACGGUGACAGGUCACAUCCAGGUGACAUCGGCAUCAGCUCCGUCUUCUGAGAGCAGCGUCGUCGGGGAAUCCAGCCUGAUCUCUGUGCUGGCGGACGCCACGGCAGCAUACUACAACAACUACGGCCUCUCUUAGACAGGACGGGUUGUCGAGUUACCUGGUUGCCAUGCCUACGCCCGCCGCUCUCGUCGUCACACCUGGAACUGACCAGGGGACAUAUGUCUCAAGCGUUUCAGUGUAGAAGUGCUGAUCUAGGAUCAGGUCCCCCUGUCCAUGUCAUCUGAUUCAUUAUGUUCUAGGAUCAGGUCCCCCC